AUGACAUAUUAUGGAAAUGCAACAACACCAAUUUCUAGCUCAUUUUCUUGCAAAAAUAAUAAUAACGAAUUAUUAUCUGGUGAUUAUCUUCAUAACAAUAAUAUAUCUUCAUGCAAUAAUACUAACUACCUUUUGUUAUCAUUGAACAAAGGGAAGAUCGAAUUUUCUAAGUUUUCGUUUGAUAAUCCAUUGAUUUCGAAUGAAGGAAUGCCUCAGUAUGAUGAUGGAAGUUUAAAGGCAAGAUGGGCCCAUCAUUGGAUUCUUCUUAUAAAAAUGCCUCCAAAAACACCAGAAAUAACCCCAGAAAUGACACCACCUGAUAAUAAAGGUAAUAACAAUAAUGAGGAUGAUCCAAACAAUCAAAAGAAUAACUCAGGGAAUAAAUUAUCAGGCGGUGCAAUUGCAGGAAUUGUUAUUGGAGUCAUCGUUGUUAUUGCUGUAUGCAUUGCCGCAUUUAUUAUCAUCCGCAAGCGCAAAUCAUCAUCCACAAAUACAGACGCUGGAGAUGAAGUUUAA